AUGCACGCAUUCCUCGCCACCAUUGGCCCCAAGAAUCGCGCCACCCUCACUGACCUCACCAUCAAAGGCUGGGGCUAUACGAAAGCCCACAAAGCGCUCAACCACCCUGCCUUCACCUUGCUGGCCGGCGCCGUGAACCUCACACGCUUGCACAUCGACUGCCAGAUCUUGUGGGGUGGACCGAAGAGGAUUGCCAAGCAGCUGUAUCGCGAUGGAUUCCAUUGGCUUGAAGCGGUGGGUGCGACGAAAGGGAGGGUUGAUGCUGCAGUUGAACUUAUUGAGAUCUCGGAGGGCAUUCUGACCACUGGUUAUGGGUAUAUAAGUAGUCAAAGCGAGGAUGUGAGCGCGGAAGAGGCGAUGGAGGAGUUUAGGGCCGCGCUGCGAAGGAUGUUACACUGA